AUGGCUCCUCCCAAUUCCCUGAGAGACUUGCUUCACCUGGUGCAACCGCCCUACCGGAAGAAGGACUUGGAGGCCAUUGAAGCGCGCCUUUGUAGAGUUGGCAUCACCAGUGUAGCCGAACUGCAGGUGGCGGUGCGUGGCAAGACUUUGGGAGAGAUGUUGCAGCGCAGCGGCAAGCCGCUGCCCGCGCACACCUUGGACACCUUGGCCUCAGUGGUGGAGGGCGUAGCUGAUGGCUCAGUAGGCGCGCCCCCACGCGACCGAAGUAAGGAGGAGUUCCCGCGGAUGCAUGGCCUCUCUCAUAUUCGAAGAUCACCCAGGUGGAGCUUCAAGCAAUCCAGCGACUUCGAGCGUCGCUUUCUUCCGCCUGGCCCCGGCACGUACCACCUGGACGACGGGAGCGAAGCGGUGAACGCCGUGUCCAGAUAUCAGAAGGCGGGAGAGGGGCGCAGAGAGGGGCCGGAUUUUGGCGGCUCCUGGUACUUUCUGAUGGUUCUCAAGAUGAGGUUUCUGUCCGAAUUUCCAAGUUUCGGAGCGCAAAAUUGCUGCGUUGCCGGGCCCAUCUUCUCCUUCGGUUUGUCGGGUCGGGAUCCCAUCGGCAAACAGAAAAUCCCUGGCCCGGGGGCGUAUGAGUUGGCUCAGGAGGCCGGUCUCUCAGCCUCGAAGUGGACCAUGACGCCGCGCCGCGAGUGCCACGGCCGCGGCGCGGCCGGGGCUCUGGCAGCCGGCGCUGGAGAGCCAGGGCCCGGGAAGUACGACUUGGAGGAGACCUUUGGGAAGAGUGCCAAGUAUACCGCUGGUCAGAAAUUCGCGGGCAGCCCCGGUGGGGACAUGGGCAAGACUCGUGUCCUUCCUGGGCCUGGGGACUACUCCCAGGCUGAUUUCUGGGACCCAAAAAAUGGGACUCUGCACUUCUGCACUCUGGGAAUCAUGGCGGAGCACAUGCAGCUUGCAACUGAAGAAGCCCAGGAGAUGCUGUUGGAGGAAAUUCCAGAAAGUCCCAGCACCAAACCAAGGCACUGGUACCUUGCUGGUGCCGGCCUUGCCCUGCUUGUGGUGCUUGGAGUGGCCGCCAAGGUUGUGUACCGCUCACCUGAGACCUUGCUGCAGUCCAAGAACUUCGACAUCAACACUGUCCAGGAAUGGGAGCAGAUCCCUGGAAUCGACCAGGUGGUGGAGCAUGCCAAGACUUUGGAGUUGAAGCAGCCGUUGCGAAAUCUUAACGACCUCUUCUACGAAUCUCAACCGGAAGAGCUUCCUUGGAUCCGCACCGAGUGUGUCAUUGAUGUGGUUCAGGGAGCUGCUUACUUGGGCCAGGCUGUGGUCUUCCUUUACAAGGCGGGUGGCUUCCUUAUUCAUUUGUCUUGGGUGCCGGCUCAUGGCCGCGUGGCUGCGGGAUGGUCUCCCCCGGAUGGUUUGCCUGAGGCCGUUGCAAGGGGUCUUAAUCACAUUGUUGACGUGGCGGCUAAUAGGACACUAGCUUUGCUGGUGGUAUCCCCGUUGCUCCCUAAACAUUAUGGUAUUGCUGGGUUCAUCACCUCAGUGACUUGGAUUGCCUCCUACCUGUCCUUCGCAGCAAACGCAUGCGGUGCAGCGGUGAACUCUGGUGCCCUUUGUGCUGGCGACUGGACUGCUUUGAUGGCCAACUUCGGUGAAAUGGCCACUGUAGGAGCGGCUGUGAAGGAGGACUGCGACUUCAACAAAGACUGGCUUGCUCUCCUCAAGAUCACUGGCACUGAUGAUGCAGGACCAGGAUGGAAGACGUUCGUCCCGGCUGGUGCUUUGCCCACAGUUGAGACUGUCCAGAAGGUCGAUGCCCUCCGAACUGCUGACCGAAACCGUGCCUUUGACCUCACCCAGUGCGUCGUCGCAGAUGUGACCAACGCGGCCGCUUACAUCGUGCGAGCCAUUCUCCAGAUCCGCUCGGCCGCAUCGGCCUGCCCAGAGCCAAAGCCACUUGGCUCGGAGAGGCAGACAUCCACGGAUGCUGUGGCAUGGCAACACAAAGCCGUCAUGAUCGUGAAGUCACGGCAUGAAGUCACGGCAUGA